GCAGCAUGACGCCGCCUGUGGUGGCUCAUUACAUGAUCUGGAGCGGAGUGGCAGCGGACAGAGAGAGGGGAUCCCCGGGAUUUAUACACUGAAAUACCGACAGCAAACAUCUGAAAACCGCGGGGGAACUCGGUCAAGCUCCUCCUAGACUUCGGUGAGAGCAGCCAUGUCAGAGGAGGCAGUGCGUCAAACACGCAGCCAGAAGCGGGCUCUGGAGAAGGACCAUGCAGCUCUUGCCGAGCCCCUGGAGGACAUGGACAGUAAACGGGUUAAGCUAGAGAAAGGUGAUGCUCCCAUAGCCCUGUUAGGAUCUGGAGCUGAGGGAGUUAAGCUGAAGAGUGAGCAGGCUGCAAAGGUAGCAGCCAGUAUCCUUAAAUCUGGGGAAGUCAAGGCUACCAUCAAGGUGGAGGUACAGACUGGAGACGAGCCUGUUGACAUGAGCACAUCUAAAAGUGACAUUAAGAAUGAGCGGCAGCCACCAUCGCCAGAUGAUGUGAUUGUGUUGUCAGACAAUGAGCCAUCCAGCCCUCUCAUGAAUGGUCACUGCUUCACGAAGACUGACACAGAUAAACUUAUGAAGAGUUCUCCUGAGGAGAGGGAGCGCAUCAUCAAACAGCUGAAGGAGGAGCUGAGACUCCAAGAGGCCAAGCUGGUGCUGCUUAAGAAACUACGACAGAGCCAGAUCCAGAAGGAGAGCACUGUGCAGAAGGCUACUGGUUCUGUAGCCACUCCUCCUCCUCUGGUGAGAGGUAGCAUCACAUCAAGCAAAGGACCCCUUCAGGUGACAGGGCGAAGCUCAGGCACGGUGAUCCCUCCUCCUUUGGUGCGGGGUGGGCAGCACAUCCCGUCCAAACACAACUCUCAGAUUGUCAUGCCACCCCUGGUCAGAGGUGCACAGGUUAGGCCUAUUGCAGUGAGUCCCCAGCAGUUAGCCAGUCUACGCCAGCAACAGCAGCAGCACAGCGGUUCAGGCCCCCCUCCACUCUUGCUGGCUCCCAGGGCUUCUGUGCCCAAUGUCCAGGUCCAGGGCCAGAGGAUCAUUCAGCAGGGACUCAUUCGGGUGGCUAAUGUGGCCAACAGCAAUAUCAUGGUCAACAUCCCUCAGGCCUCUCCAACCAGCUUAAAAGGCUCUUCAGUGUCACCCAACUCUAGCAUUAAUGACUCUCCAGCCAGCCGGCAGGCGGCUGCUAAGCUUGCACUGCGUAAGCAGCUGGAGAAGACGCUGCUGGAGAUCCCUCCACCUAAACCUCCUGCCCCCGAGUUCAAUUUCCUGCCUUCAGCAGCCAAUAAUGAGUUCAUCUACUUAUUGGGACUGGAGGAGGUGGUGCAAAAACUUCUGGAGAUGCACGGCAGGGGUAACCUGGGUCCAGCUGCUGCCAUGGCCAGCUCCAUUCCCAAAGAGCCAUACACCUGCGCCCAGUGUAAGACAGACUUUACCUCCCGCUGGAGAAAGGAGAAGGCUGGGACCAUCCUCUGUGACCAAUGCAUGUCGUCCAAUCAGAAGAAGGCCCUGAAGGCUGAGCACACCAAUCGGCUUAAGGCAGCCUUUGUUAAGGCACUCCAACAGGAGCAGGAGAUUGAGCAGCGUAUCCUCCAGCAGGCGGCCUCUUCAUCUUCCUCUAAAACCAGCUCCUCUUCCUCACUGUCCAAGAGUGAGGUGCUGGUGUCCCAGCAGUACAAGCAUGUCAAGGCUGCUAUGCAGCACAGAUCUGUGGCCUCCCACCACUCCAUUAAGCAGAGUCAUCUGUCACACGGCAUCCAGUCGAUGAGCUCUCGUGGUGUGACCCACUCAUUCACCUCCUCCUCUCAGCUGCAGAGUGCCAUGGCAGCAGCAGCUCUGGGCAGCAGGGCCGGUAAGCACGCUGCAGCACGCCCGCUGCAGCAGGGGGCAAAGGUCAGCGCCGGCAGCAGUAACCAGGGAAACGGGUCUGCCUGGAGGAAGCAGACCGGUGGUAACACAGGUGUGACUAUGGCCUAUGUGAACCCCAGCUUGUCUGCCCAUAAGAGCAGCUCUGCUGUGGAGCGUCAGCGAGAGUACCUGCUGGACAUGAUUCCCUCCCGUUCUAUCUCUCAAGCAGCCAACACAUGGAAAUAAUGCAAUCCUACUCCCUUCCUACUGACAUCAUAACUAUUACCCCUCCUAAUAUCAAUAACAGCCAUUCUCCCCAUCAUUCUAAUCCUUUCUAUGGACUCUUGGACUCUGCCUCUGGCUGAAAUGGUGCAGGGGAGAAUCAGCCUAUUUUUUUGUUUUUUUGGAUAGAGGUGUUCCUUCAGCUCUUCUUCUGAUAUCUCUUCUACCAUCUUCCUUACCCGAAUCCUUCAUCCCAAAGUGGAAUUGUGCUGCGACAGCUUGGGCGUCUGAGAAACAAGGAAUAUGUCAAUUGAAUUUGAGUACCUUGUUUUGAGGGUUGGGGUUUACAUGGGCGUGUACAAUUUUUCAAACUUCUCCAGCGACGUUGCCUCUCCUUCCCUGUAUAUUGGUUGAAGCUCUCUGUUGCACCAAGAGGAAUAACCCCCAAGCUCCCCCGCCUCUGGAUUAGGCUGGGAAUAAAUAAUAAUCACUAUUACACAUUAAAAUCUUCGCCUUACGUCCUACCCUUCUCCAGUCUGAGCCAGUCAGACUUGGGCCCAUGUGGUGGCCGAACAGAACUUAACUGAAGACCUCACCACAGGGAUUGUGGUUGCGCUUCGAGGACCAUCCACGAAAUAAUAACUGCUUCAGCUUUGCAAAAAUGAUGAAAAUAGUAAAAAAAAAAAAAAAGGACUAAAAUGAUCUCUAUCUGCACACAGACUUCCUCUUCUCUCUAACCCACUGCGUGUAUAGUAGAGAAGUUGAUGUGUGUUGGAUUAUUUUGUAUGGCUGAAUGUUAGGAUUUUGUCUUUUCAUCUGUAAGUCAUAUACUGUGUUUGGAAUAUUGUGCUCCCUGAUACUUUGGAAGUGGCCUAUUGUCGAGGUCUAAAUUUACAGGCUAAUGUUACUGUUGAGGUGGUUUUACAUCUGCUGGGUUCCAUGUUGUGGCCUACUUUUAAAUACUUUGUUUUUUCUAAGAUUAUGAGGAAGAAUAAAGAUUAAGAUUUCACUAACUCAUGUAAAGACACGGAGCGUAUGUUUGGAGGACUAUUCGUAUUGAAUAUUAUUAAAACAGAAAAUGAAAAAAAAAACUUCCAAAGAACUAGUGGAGCCCAAAUGGUAUCCCUUCUGCUAGAAGGUGUCUAGUUUAUUUGAACCCUCUCUGGAUAUAAACAUGAAUUCAUGCUAGACUGAGGGGGUGUAAGGAAUGUCAUAUUUUUGACAUCGUUUUGCUUUUAGUCAUAGGUUGUGGUGCAUUAUUUUUCUUCUAUAGACAAACUGUCUCUGGGUUUAUUUAUAGGGUCAUGUUAGUAAAGAUAUAUGCUUAUGCCCUAAGUUUGAAUGGAUCUCCACUUAAAAUGAUUUGUUUUCUCUCGUGUGUCCAGUGGCUCCCACUCACCUUACUGAUUGGUCUUAGAGAAGCUGGACAGCUUUCAGAAUGUAGUUAUGCAAAAACCCCUAUAGCAACAAAUGACAUGAACUUCUUCUUAGUCUUUAACAUUAAGGUGUGUAUGAUUUAUGUCAGGUCCUUGAAUUGAGCUAACUAUGCCUUUCACAUGAGCUAUAGUGCAUUUUAUCAGGUUGCAGCAGCACAGGAUAAGCUAGUGAAAUACAAUAUGUCCUACAUUCAAAAGGGGAACUCCCUGCUCAUGGAGUUCUUUCAUUAACCAUGUGCUGUGUUUUAAUUUCACUCACUGGGGUGGUCCAGGCUCUUUAACCCUGCCACUCAGACAUUUCAGUCUGUGGCAUUUUGGAAAGUGUCACUAAAUUAAAGAUUCGAUUAUUGAAGUGUUGAAUUUAAGCAGUAAAAACAGGGUGAAAUGUUUAAUGCAUAUUUAAAAAUCUGGUUGUUUUGCAAGUAUUGUGUUUUUAAAAAAUAAAACUCAAACCCAGCAGACAAGAGGCUGACCAUCCCAGCAGUUAUUUUCUGUAUCUGUCAAUUAAAAAAAAUAGUUUUCACAUUGAAACAAUAGUGAUGAAGACCUUAUCACUAUGUAAUUACAAACCUGGAGUCUUGCUGCCCUGUUGCCUCACUUUUUAAUUUCAUAAUUCAUCCAUGAUGUGAUAAUGUAAUGCGACAUUGUAAGGAUUUGUGUCCUGUAUCCAGAAUGCACUCACUGAUAAUGAUCAGGAUCCGUACUGAAACAUGGUGCACUGCAUUGGGUAACUGGGCUUCAGCUGAUGUUCAUCUCUCUGUACUGGGGUUUCAUCACUGUACGUUUGGGUUUCAUUUAGGUUGGUGCAGCAAUACAGUGUGUACAUUGUUGAUGGAAAUACAAGCAUACAAAGUUUAAUUUAAAUUGCGAAAAAAGGUUUUGUAUUUCUGUCUCAAAGUAGCAUCGGCAAUCUUCCAGGUUGUCUGUAAAUUCCUGACAGGCCGGAGGUGGAAGCUUGUGGAUGCAAAAUCUAAGCAAUCUGGAAUGAGCCCAUCAUAUUGUGCCCUGCUAAGUGUAACCCUGUGCUGUCCUGACUGUCCUGACUGCCUGCUGCUGUUUGACAACAAUAUCACCAUUCCGUUUGUUUGGGGUCGAAGCUCUGCGAAAUGUAGUGCGGCCCAUAUGGAAAAGAAAACAAUGUAUGAGAAGUAUUUGUUUGUUUUUUGGAUUUUUUCUGCUCUAUCAAAUAAUAAUAAAAACUAAUUUUAACCCCUC